AUGUACACGAAAUCGAAGCUCCGAUCCAUCUUCGGAUGUGAGAGCAGACUUUAUGCGGACUAUUUACGAGAGCAGCUUAGAGGUUUUCGAGAAGCGAACGUGAAAUGUUACUUCAUAUUUAGAGGCGGCUCUGAAACUAGGGACAAACUUUUGGAAACGGACGAAAAUGAAGGAAUGUCAUCGGGCAAGAAUAGGGUUUAUGAGCCGCUUUUCGCACGAGAUGUAUAUAAAGAGGUUUUAAACGAUAUGGAUAUGGAUUAUGCGAUAUGCGAAUAUGCUAACAAACGGGACUGUGUCGCGUUAGGGCAGAGGUUGCAUUGUCCGGUAUUGGCUUUUGACAUAGAGUACUUCUUCUUUGGCACGGAGUACGUACCUUAUCCAAGCCUACAAUUCAAUCCUACCACUAAAGUAAUGCAAUGUAAAUUACUUCUAUUGGAUAUGCUUAUGGAGAAAUUUCAACUCUGCGAACGAGAUAUCGCUGUGUAUAUCACAUUGUUCGAUGACAAUGUAUUCUCUGAAGAAUUCCGCGAAAAAUUGUUGAGAAAAUUGAGAUUGCCUUUAUCUUAUGGGCGGCGACACGAGACUUUCCUUCGAUGGCUGUCAAGAAAUGGCGGGUCGGCUUUGGAAAUCAUAUCAAAGCUCGUGUCGCGCAACGAGGAUCGUACAAUACGACUGGAGUUAGAGCGAAAAAUUAAAAAUUUAAAAGUACGAGAAUCCGGUGGGUUGCCGACAAAAUACUUUCUCGACAGGGAUUGCUGUGUGAUCAAUCGAGGCGACCGAGAAUGGUUCUCCAAGGGCCUAAUUUGGAGAUUCGUGGCCAUACCAUAUGUCAAUGUCUACAGACAUGGAAUAGUCACCGGUUCUUGGAGUACAGAGGACAACGACGCGGAGGAUGCCAUGCUACUCUCCGCACCGAUCGUAAGGUACGCGCUUGAUUUGCUCACAAACUAUAACGACGCCGAGUUAUUGUUCGUAGGUGCGAAGCGGAACCCAAACGUCGAUGACGAGAACCCGCCGGCCCGUGCCAAAGACCUUCUCAAAAUAGCCACCACCAUAAGAAAACCCGAGUACGGUUCCAGUAACGUGUUCGAGAACGGUUGGUCGGGAGUGAGCAAGUACCGCUUGUUCGAGCACUUCUUAGCCGAAAGCGUACAGAUGAACACGAGCGUUCUGGAACAAGUGCCGGCCGAAUGCAGAAUGCUCGUCGUGGCGCUGGUCUACUUCGCGCGCCAAAAGGGUUCCGACGUGGAUAAUGAAGCCUACUCCGUACUGCUCUCGUACGCCGUGCUAACAGUGGCGGAUGGGGGUGCAGGGGUAGACGAGCCGCUAAAAGACGGCCAAUGCGAACACGCGAGGGCGCUUAUGGAUGAGUACUCCAAUAUUUCGGACGAGGAGGUUGAACUAAUUCUCGACAGGAAGUCGCUCCAUCCACUCGUGGAAUUCCAGCACUGCCUCAGGCACCUGAACUUUCUUAACACGCUGUGCGGCUCCACCUUAGCGCCGACGGUUUACAGUAAGACCUACAGCGCCACGUUCGUGUACAAGAUACUCCGCGACAUGAAACGAUAUUACAACGGCAACGGACGUAGAUUUUUGGAAGAUAAAUUGGACCGGGCCUCGAGCGUUUUGUCAAUUGUAAACAAACUUUACAACUUGUAUAGCGACAUGAAACUCAAAAAGGUC